GAUCCUCCUCGAUCGCGACGCGUCCCUCACUCCCGAGCACCGACAAUUGAAUGCAACCCCAGAUCGACGUAGCCUGUUCUUCCACCACAUCUGUAAUGCAGUCCAACGCAUGUGAGGUCGUCGUGUUAUGGUAAAUUGGUGUGUUCACGUUGUCCUCCCACACCAUGAUCUGCACUUCAGAGAAGACCAGUUCUUCAUCUUCGUUGACCCUCUACAUUCUCCUUGGAUAUCAGCAAGACAUCGCAUCUGGAAGAUGGACGGCUUCGAUGACGAAGAAAUUGCAAGAGCGCUCGCCCUGAGCGUACGGGAGGCCUACAAACCAUCUAAAACAUCAGAUAGAAAGCCGGAACCUAAGGAGAUUAUUGAGAUUCCCUCAAGUGACGAAGAGGAUAACAACGAAGAUGUUCAGUUACAGUCAGACGUACAGCGAGCAAUCGAAGCCUCCAAAGCUCAAAGUGCAAGCUCUUCCAGAACGUACAGUCCCCAAGAUUCGAUAUCUCCAACGAUCCCACCUCCCGCAAUCUCAGCACCAUCAAUGUUAGCACGGCCCAGCAAUGCUUUCCCAUUUGAUCGGGCACAACUCGAACGGGAACGACUAGAACGACAGAAGAGACUCCGUCCUGACCUUGUCGAAGCUCAAUCAAAGCCGCAACUGGACAAUGAAGAUGAGGAGACAGACGAAAAUGUGAACAUGAAUGGACGGAGUGCAAAGAGCACUCGACCCACUACUGAGAAAGCUCCACGCGCAACGACUAGUGGAACGCAAUCAAGGGAACCUACGGACACUUACUUUUGGAACGGAGAGCUACGUCAGACGGCGAACAAGUAUGUUGAGCCGAGUAAGGAUACCCGACCGGUCUUCAGGUUAACAGAUAUCCUCGCGCCACGAGACGAGAUUUCGUUCGCCAUCAUUUCAGCAUAUUGUGUUGACUUUCCUUGGAUGUACUCCUUUUUCAAUCCCAGCACGCCCGUGAUCAUAGUUGCCCAAGACUCCCAGGGUAAUGAGACCAUGAAGGAAGUCCUUCCGAAUUGGAUCAAGACGACACCAUUUCUUCGCGGUGGACGUGGAUGUAUGCAUAUGAAGUUUAUGCUGCUAUUCUACAAGACUGGCCGAUUGCGGGUUGUCGUGUCGACAGCGAACCUGCUGCCGAUUGACUGGCGAGAUAUUGAGAAUAGUGUAUGGGUUCAAGACGUCCCUCUACGAUCAAGUCCAAUUCCUCACGACUCGAAAGCGAACGAUUUCCCAGCUACCUGGACAAGGAUACUACGCUCGUUGAAUGUCGCUCCUGCGUUGAUCACGAUGGUGAAGAAUGGCCAUACUGAUUUACCGAUAAGCCGGCUAGAGGAUCUACGCCGUAAGUGGGACUUUUCAAAAGUGAAGAUUCACCUGGUGCCUUCGCUAGCUGGGAAGCACGAGGGUUGGCCAAAGGUCAUUCAGUCAGGUCACGUAGCUCUUAUGAAAGCCAUACGAGACAUCGGCGCGCGAACGCCGAAGGGAAGGGAGCUGGUACUGGAAUGUCAAGGAUCUUCGAUCGGGACAUAUUCGACGCAAUGGAUGAACGAAUUCUAUUGUUCCGCUAGGGGAGACUCGGCGGAGGAGUGGCUUGAUCAGCCAAAGUCGCGACGAACGAAACUGCCAUAUCCUCCGAUUAAGAUUUUGUUCCCGUCGGACAAGACUGUGAAGGAAAGUGCCCUUGGAGAGCAGGGAGGAGGGACGAUGUUCUGUAGGCGAAGCCAAUGGGAAGGAGCCAAAUUCCCGCGAAAUCUUUUCCAUGACUCGAGGAGUAAGAGGGGAGGCGUCUUGAUGCACUCUAAGAUGAUUAUCGCGACGUUCCGUGAUACAGGUCCUUCGAACAAAGGCAAGGCACCACAAUCAGACUCGGAAACCGAACCAGAGAGCGACGAUGAAGUUGUAGAAGUGGAUGCUCAAGGGCGAGAAGAAGGUAAAGUGAUCGGAUGGGCAUAUGUCGGUUCACACAACUUUACACCGUCGGCCUGGGGGACACUAUCUGGUUCAGGAUUCAACCCCAUUCUAAAUAAUACGAACUUUGAACUGGGUAUUGUUUUCCCGCUGCGAAGCGCAGAGGAGCUGGAGAGGGUGGCGUGUUGGGAACGGCCUCCGAGGAAGUAUGUGCUUGGCAAAGACGAGCCCUGGAUGCAGUCGGAAUCAGCCUAUUUUGCAGAGGAAUGAGGUCGUGUUGCGCCUCGGAUUGCAGUCCUUCGGAUACCUAGAGUCCAUCAUGGUUGUAUCUGAACUAUAGCCCUAUAAAGCCCUGAUGCAUCUGGCAUUAUUCGAUAAGAAUAUGCCGACCGAAGGUCUCCAAAAGCAAUAAGCCUAUGGUGAGAAUGAAAUGCAGUGUGUGAG